AUGAAGACUCUUUCGGGACGAUGUGAAUCAUUUAAAGAGAUAUCACUUUCCAAAGCUACCAAAAUUCUCUCAAAAUUUGUCUCUGCUGACAACGGUGCUUCGCAAGUUAUCAAUGCUUAUCUCCAUCGAGCUUCGGAUGCUUUCAAUGAGCUCAACCAGCUUCAUAGGGAGCUUAAACCCUCGCAGUCUCGUAGGAAGAAAAGCCGAGGGCACAUGACAGAUGAUAGUGGGAAAGUAGGUGUAAGUUCUGUUACAAGUGUUGAUGAAAAGUUGAUUGAGAAUGAUGUUAAAUUGGGUCGAGAAAUUAAUGGUUCUGUUGUAGGUGGAAGUGAGAAGCGUAGUAAGAAAGAUAAAAAGAAGAAGAAUGAAUUUGGAAAUAAGGAAGGUGAUGGAAAACUACCGAAAAAGGGGCAAAAUGAAAAUGAAUCAGGUCAAGGCGAUGAAGAAAUGGAGGACGGAAAGAAACAGAAAAAGGACAAGAAUUUAGAACGUGAGAGUGCGAAGGGACGAGAACAACAGAAAGAGAUAGACACAAAGAUAAGUAACAAUGGAGAAGUAGCUACUAUGGUGAAAAAUGAAAUUGAAUCAAGUCAGGGUGGUGAAGGAGGAACAGAGGAGGGAAAGAAGCAAAAAAAGGAGAAGAAGAAGAAGGAGGAGAAGAAGAAUCUAGAUGGUGAGAAUGCAGAGGAACAAAAACAACAGAAUGAUAUAGAGAAAAAGAUGAGCAACAAUGUGAAGGUUGAAAAUGGAGGGCUGGUUGUUCCACAGGAUAUAGAAAUUAGGUCCAAAAAGAGACAUGAAGCAGGGAGUGAGAAUAAAUUACAUGCUGAAGAGAUAAAGACGGAGCAACGGAAGAAGAAGAGGAAGAAUGAAGAUGUGGAAGAUAGAUCUGAGGAACAGUCUAAGAAGAAAAUGAAAAGGAAACAUGAGGGUCAAGCUUAA